AUGGUGGCGGGGUUUCUGCUGGAGAGUGAGGUGUCCGACCUCUGCAUCGGCAAGCCGCCGAUCAGGUGGCUGCCGCCCUCGUCCACCGUGGCCGGCGCCGUCGACGAGCUCGAGGCCGACGGGGGGCCGGGCGCCGCCGUCGCCGUGUGGGACGGCCGGGAGGGGGCGGACGUGGCGGGCAGGGUGCGCAUGGCCGACGUGCUCCUCUUCCUCUGCGUCCACGACGGCAGCAGCGAGGCCACGCUCGCUGACCUCCUCGCAGCUGCCGGGGCGCCGCCCGUCCGCCGCGUGGAGCCCGACGCGAGCGUGCUGGAAGCGGUGGACGCGCUGCUGGGCGGCGCGCAGAACCUCCUGGUGCCCAUCCGCGACAACCGGCACCGGCCGGCGCACCUACAAGCAGAGCCGAUGUGCUGGGUCACGGCGGAGGACGUGGUGCGCUUCUUCCUCGGCUCCGUCGCGCUCUUCUCGCAGAUCGCCUUGCGCUCCGUCUCCGACCUCGGCGCCGUCCGCCCGGCCCGCAGCGUGCUCGCCGUUGCGCCCGGAGAUGACACGCUCUCCGCCACCGAGCCGCUCCUUCGCGCGGCCCUGGCGACGCACGCCUCAGUCGCCGUGGUGUCCGGCCGCUGCCUGGUCGGCGAGAUCUCGCCGUUGACGCUCUGCUCCUCCCUCGCCGCGCUCUCGCCCAUGUCCUUUGUCGACUCUGCCCGCGCCCCGCGAAAAGCCGCCCUCGGGCCCCGCCUCCGCAGCCGCAACCGGCACGGCGUGCUCGACCUCCUCAACGCGGGCGGCCGCGACCUGCCGUCCCCAUCCUCUUCCUCUUCGUCCUCCUCGUCGAGCGCAUCCUCCUCCUCCUCUUCGUCCGACGGCGAGGACGAGGACGAGAAGCGCGUCACCCCAGCUUUCACGAGCACGGGUCGACAAGCCAAAUUCCCGGCGCGGUGGACGAAGGGGGUCAUCACGUGCCGGCGGGGGAGCUCGCUGGUGGCGGUGAUGGCGCAGGCGGUCGCGCACCGCGUGACGCAGGUGUGGGUGCUGGACGACGAGCCGGAGGGGGAGGUGCUGGUGGGCGCCGUCGGUCUCGUGGACGUGCUCCGGGUGCUCCGCCGCCACCUCCUUCGCGCACCGUCCGCGCACAGUAUGGCAGAGUAA